AUGAUUGAUUGUCAUUGCCAUCUCUGCGACGACCAGUUCGAUAAGGACCUCUCUGAAGUGAUUGAAAGAGCAAAACAGGCUGGCGUCAUUGGCUGCCUCGUCAAUACGGAAAAUAUUCCCGAAUUUCAGAAAUGUUUCGACUUAUCUGAAAGGUAUCCGAACUUUUUUCUUCCCUGCAUUGGAGUUCAUCCUGUUCAAUAUGAAAACGAAAACGGCGAAUUCAUUGGACGAAGUGUAAAUGAGAACGAUGUCAACGGCAUAGAAAAACACUUAAGGACCAACUUGAACAGAGUAGUUGCCAUCGGCGAGGGAGGUUCUGGUAGUGCGUCGGUGUGUAAGAUUCUGAAUUGCACGCUGGCGCUCAACUUCAUGCUGUACAACCUACCCCUCAGAGCGGACCUCUCUUUGUUUCACAAGAACCUUAGUAUGUUCUUUUACGUCGGGCUUGAUUAUACACCUCGGUUUAUUCAUUCGGAUACGGACAAAAGCAACCAGAAGGAAGUGUUUAGACGUCAAAUCGAGUUGGCAAAGACUCACCAGUUGCCAGUGUACCGGUCGAAUCUGUUUUGCUAA